UGUUUCGUUCUAAAAUUCUUAAUUAGAGAAAAACAAAACAAAAAUGUUUGAACAACGAAAACAACCGAAAUAUUUUCUUAUUUUGUUUCUAUCAAUAUGGUUGAUUCUGCUGUUGUUAAUGAGUUUACAAUCAAAUGCUUCUUCUUCUUCUUCUUCUGAUCAACAACAAAUCCCGAAUAUACCUGAUAUUAUUAUCGAUACUGAUUGUGGACAAUAUCCAGAUGAUGUUACAGCCAUAGCUAUGAUAAAUAGUUUUGCUGAUCAAAAUAAAACUCGAAUUCUUGCAAUGAUGGCUAAUGAUCGUUAUGAAGGAAUCGUACCGGUUCUUGAUGCAAUUACAAAUUAUUUUAAUCGUUCACGAAUCCCAAUCGGUAUAACAAAAGACCCGAAUGCAUUUGAUUCAGGUAAAAAUCUUACCUGGCCAGAUUAUGUCCGAGAAAAUUAUCCACAUCCACGUUUUGAACGUAAUGAUCAAGCUGAAAAUGCAAUAACAUUAUAUCGAAGAUUAUUAGCCGCAUCCAAGGAUAAUAAUGUUAUAAUUUUAUCGAUUGGUUUUUUUACAAAUCUUGCCGAACUUUUAGAUACCGAAAGUGAUGAAUAUUCACCAUUAAAUGGACGAGAAUUAAUACGAAAAAAAGUUCAAAAAAUGAUUGCAAUGGCAGGAAAAUAUCCGGAAGGUAAAGAAUGGAAUAUUGAAAAACAACCAAAAGCAGCACGGAAAGUUGUAGAAAAAUGGCCAACCAAAAUAAUAUUUGCUGGUGCUGAAACAGGUGAACAUUUACUUUGUGGUCAAAAUAUUAUCCAGAAUUCACGAUUGAAAAAUAGUCCAGUACGUAAAGCAUGGUUAAUAUCCAUGGAACAAAAUUUAACUGAAGCUUGUUUUGAUGAAAUUGCUGCAUUAAUUGCUAUUAAUGGUUAUAAACCAUUUUAUCGUUUAAUAUAUGGUCGAAUGGAAAUUCAAUCAGAUGGUUAUAAUAUUUGGCACGAAUCCAAUGAUGAUAAUGGUAAUAAACCAACAAGAAUGGCAUAUAUAAAACAAUUAACAAACGAUCAGGAUAUAAUUAAUGUUAUUGAUCCUUUAUUGGAGCGAUAAACAAACAAAACAAAAAAAUUAUUAACACAUUCCAAUCAAUUCGGCUUUAUUCUGAUUAAAAUGACAUUUAUAACGUAAUU